AAACACAGUGACUCUAGAACGAGUGCUGUUACUGACCGGAUACAGGUCUCUUAUAUUAUUAUUUUACUUUUCCUUUUUCUUCUUUUUACGACUGUGCGAUUUUUUUUCGUGUGUACAUAUAUAUAUAUAUGUAUAGAAUAUUACAUAAAUACGUACAUUAUAUAGAUAUAUAUAUAUAUAUAUAUGGAUCGUCAACAACAAGGACCUGUGUUGUCUCUCAAACAGGGAAAAAUUCAAGGUGUCAUUAAGUAUAACGUUUGCAGUAAUAAUGACAAUUAUUUGGCAUUUCGAGGAAUACCUUAUGCGAAACCACCGAUCGGCGAGCUUAGAUUUAAGGAUCCAUUACCAGCGGAAGGAUGGAACGGGAUAAGGGAUGGCUCGAAAUUUGGUAAUAUAUCUAUACAAAUUGAUACAAUGACUAGUGAAGUAAUAGGUAGCGACGAUUGUCUCUUUCUAAACGUUUAUAAGCCAGAAAGAAUCGAGAUGUCUAUAAAACUGCCUGUAAUGGUAUGGAUUCAUGGAGGUGGCUUUUAUUUGGGAUCAGGAAACGAUGACAUGUACAGUCCUGAUUAUAUCAUUCGAAAGAACAUCAUACUCGUUACGUUCAAUUAUAGAUUAGGUGUAUUAGGAUUUCUUAAUCUGGAGGAUGAGGUUGCACCAGGAAAUCAAGGCUUAAAGGACCAAGUAAUGGCAUUACGCUGGAUCAGAGAUAAUAUCGAAGUAUUCGGUGGUGAUCCUCAGAACGUAACUAUAUUUGGUGGAAGCGCUGGAGCAGCCUCGGUUCAUUAUUUAACAAUAUCACCAUUGGCAGAAGGAUUAUUUCACAAGGCUAUAGCGCAAAGCGGCUUAGCAACGAAUAGUUGGGCUAGCACAUCCGGCGAACCAAGAAGAUAUGGUUAUCAGUUAUCAGCUAUGUUAGGUUUCAAAUCGUUCGAUCCGAAAGCCAUCGUUGAUUUUCUAAGAAAAGUGGAGGUUAAGAAGCUCGUCGAAUGUCAACAGUAUAUAACAUCCUUGAAGGAAAAAUUAACAUUGUUCUCGGCGUUUCUACCAGGAGUGGAUUACAAAUCGAAGAAUCCAUUCUUAGCGCAACCACCGGAGAUCGCUAUGCAACUGGGCACUAAGGUACCGUUCAUGUUAGGGUUCAACAGUAUGGAAGGAUCCUUUUUUAUGGGUAGUAAUAAAUUCGCAUCGAGUAUGUUGAGAACAAGUCGUCGACUAAAAGCCACCAUCAACGAUUUAAUAUUGCCGUCUCUCGCGAAAAAGCUCCAAGAAAAAAAUACCACGAUAAAUGAUUUGGAACGUUUGUAUUUCGGUGAAAAAUCCUUCAACGAUGAACCCUCAGAAAAUAUUAUGUAUUUUUUAGGGGACUUAAUGUUCACUUAUCAUAUUUUUGAAUUAGCACGAAUCUUGCCGAAAAUAAAUAAAUAUCCGGUGUACUUAUACAAGUUCUCUUAUGACUCCACAAAUACUACCUUUAUGAAGACGGUCAUGGACAUUCAGGUACCAGGAGCUACGCAUGGCGACGAAUUGUAUUACAUGUUCUAUGGGAAAUUACAAAAAUAUUUAUUAUUGAAACCACAUAGUCCUGGUACAAAAGAUUACAAAAUAAUGGAAUAUUUUACGCAAUUGUGGACUGAUUUUGCUAGGACAGGAAAUCCCACACCGACUACUACAGAACUUAUUCCCGUUUUAUGGGAACCUUUGAAAAAAGAUGCCAAUGAAUACAAUUAUUUCAACAUCGAUGAGAAUUUACGAAUGGAAAGUAUUCCAAUAGGUGCACAAAGAUUCGAAUGGAAUACGAUAACGAAGAACAAAAAUAUCAUGUCGACAAAUGUUACAAGAAAGAAUAAAAACCCAGUGACUCUCGGACUGUUGACCAGAUACAAGGCUUUUAUAGUAUUAUUUUCCGUCCUCUUCAUUUUUAUGAUGAUAGUACGAAUUUUUUUUUCUUAUAUAUAUAAAUAUAUAUAUAUAGUCUUACAUAAAUAUGUAGAUAAAUAUGUACAUUAUAUUAACAAAUGUACGGAUCGCCAACAACAAGGACCUGUGAUAUGUCUCAAACAGGGAAAAAUUCAAGGUGUUAUUAAGUACAACGUUUGCAAUAAUAAUGAUAAUUAUUUGGCAUUUCGAGGAAUACCUUAUGCUAAACCACCGAUCGGCGAGCUUAGAUUUCAGGAUCCAUUACCAGCGGAAGGAUGGGACGGAAUAAGGGAUGGUUCGAAAUUCGGUAAUAUUUCCAUUCAAUUAACUACGAGUGGUAAGGUAGUAGGUAGCGAUGAUUGUCUCUAUCUAAACGUUUAUAAGCCAAAAAGAAUCGAGAUAUCUGCAAAACUGCCGGUAAUGGUAUGGAUUCAUUGUGGUGGCUUUUAUUUGGGAUCAGGAAACGAUGAUAUGUGCAGUCCUGAUUAUAUCAUUCGAAAGGACAUCAUACUCGUUACGUUCAAUUAUAGAUUAGGUGUAUUAGGAUUUCUUAAUCUGGAGGAUGAGGUUGCACCAGGAAAUCAAGGCUUAAAGGACCAAGUAAUGGCAUUACGCUGGAUCAGAGAUAAUAUCGAAGUAUUCGGUGGUGAUCCUCAGAACGUAACUAUAUUUGGUGGAAGCGCUGGAGCAGCCUCGGUUCAUUAUUUAACAAUAUCACCGUUGGCAGAAGGAUUAUUUCACAAGGCUAUAGCGCAAAGCGGCACAGCCAUGAAUAGUUGGGCUCGCACAUCCGGCGAACCAAGAAGAUAUGGUUAUCAGUUAUCAGCUAUGUUAGGUUUCAAAUCGUUCGAUCCGAAAGCCAUCGUUGAUUUUUUAAGAAAAGUGGAAGUUAAGAAACUCGUCAAAUAUCAAUUGUAUAUAAUACCAGAGGAUAAAUUAACGAUGUUCUCGCCAUUUUUACCAGGAGUGGAUUACAAAUCGAAGAAUCCAUUUUUAGCGCAACCACCGGAGAUCGCUAUGCAACUUGGCACUAAGGUACCAUUCAUGUUAGGGUUCAACGAUAUGGAAGGAUCCUUUUUUAUGGGUGUUCAUAAAAACUCAUCGACUAUUUUGAAAAGAAUUCGUCAAUUAAAUGUCAAUUUCAAGGAUUUAAUAUCGCCAUAUCUCGCGAAAAAGCUUCAAGACAAAAAUAUCACGAUAAAUGAUUUUGAACGUUUGUAUUUUGGUGAAAAAUUGUUCAGCGACGAACUUUCCGAAAAUCUAAUGCACUUUUUAGGGGACGUAUUGUUCCUUCAUCAUAUUUUUGAAUUAGCACGAAUCUUGCCGAAGAUAAAUAAAUAUCCGGUGUACUUAUACAAGUUCUCUUAUGACUCCACAAAUGCUACCUUUAUGAAGAGGGCCAUGUGCAUUCAAAUACCAGGAGCUACGCAUUGCGACGAAUUGUUUUACAUGUUCUAUGGGAAAUUACAAAAAUAUUUAUUAUUGAAACCACAUAGUCCUGGUACGAAAGACUACAAAAUAAUGGAAUAUUUUACGCAAUUGUGGACCAAUUUUGCUAGGACAGGAAAUCCCACACCGACUACUACAGAACUUAUUCCCGUUUUAUGGGAACCUUUGAAAAAAGAUGCCAAUGAAUAUAAUUAUUUCAACAUCGAUGAGAAUUUACGAAUGGAAAGUAUUCCAAUAGGUGCACAAAGAUUCGAAUGGAAUACGAUAACGAAGAACAACUUAUAAUCAUGAAAAAUGAUUUGUUUAAAAUUAAAUCAUAUCGAUAUUCACAUUAAUACUUUUAACAUUAUUUUUAAUCGGACUAAUUUUUUCUCUCUCUCUCUCUUCCUCUUUCUUACAAUCUUAUCAUUAUUGUAUAUUU